AUGAUCGCCAAGCAACUCCUCCCCGUCGUCCUGGCGGCCGCUGGCUUCGUCUCUGCCCAGAGCAGCGACAAGUGCACCCAGGACACCUUCAAGAUCAACUCCCAGGCCGAUGCCAGUGGCCUCUCGGGCUGUAGCACCCUGAAGGGCAACGUCGUCAUCGGCGAGAACUCUGACAACACGAUCGAUCUCUCGGGCCCCAAGAAGAUCGAUGGUGACCUGCAGUGCAAGAACAACGGCAAGCUCAUCACUCUUAAGAGCAGCUCCCUCGGCGAGAUUACCGGUGAUUUCCUGCUGCAAAACGUUACCAUCCUCUCCACCCUGAGCAUGAGCGGCCUCACCUCGGUCGGCAGCAUCAGCUGGACCUCGGUCCUCGAGCUCCAGAAGCUUGGCUUCACCACCGGUCUCAGCAAGGCCAAGUCGGUCAGGAUUGCCGACACCAAGAUCGACAGCCUCGACGGCAUUGACAUGACCACCGUCGCUCUCAUGGACAUCAACAACAACCACCGCCUCGUCUCGUUCGACUCCGGCCUGACCAGCCUGACGGAUACUCUGAACAUCAACGCCAACGGUGCCGGCCUGCAGGUCAAGUUCUCCAAGCUCAAGUCGGUCGCCAACAUGACCAUCUCUGGCGUCUCCUCGUUUGACGUGCCCUCCCUGAGCACCAUCAACGGUUCUUGCGCCUUUGUCGAGAACGACUUCAAGUCCUUCAGCGCUCCCAACCUGACGCAGACCAACUCUGGUUCCAUCCUGUCGUUUGUUAGCAACAAUGCGCUAACCAACAUCUCUCUGCCUGCUGUGACCAAGCUGGGUGGUGGUCUCCUCAUUGCUAACAACACGGCUCUUGAGAAGAUCGACAGCAUUCCCAAGCUCAAGCAGGUCACUGGUGACAUCAAGUUCCGUGGUGUCUUCAACACUGUCUCUAUGCCCGCUCUCGACGAUGUCGGUGGUGCCUUCGACGUUGUCAGCACUGAGAACAUCACCACUUCGUGCGCCUCCUUCGACAAGCUCGCUCCCGCCAAGUACGUCAAGGGCGGUAACGGCCACAUCCAGGGCACGUACACCUGCAAGGGCAAGAUCGAGAACGCCAACAACGACACCUCUGGCCAGACCGGCAAGAGCGGUACCGGCAGCGACAGCUCCGGCAACAAGAACGCUGCUGGUGCUGUCACCGUCAACGGUCUGACCGCCUUCGGUCUGGUCGCUGUUGGUGCUUUCUUCCAGCUGCUGUAA